UCAUUGCAUAAAGACACCAGCAGGGUGACGAGUGUGAUUGUGUCUGUACCGAGUGCGUUUCCUACAAGGUAACUGUCAAAAGAGGGGCUCGGGCUAAGCUGCCUGCUGUUUUUGCUAGGGUCUCAAUGGACAAACGGCGCGAAGAAAAGCAUGUGCUCACGGGUCUAGAUGAGGAGGCAAUCGUUGACCACGGAAAGAGCAGCUUCACUAUUCAGACAAACUACGAAAAGGACGAAUUAGAAAGCCACCGAGCUGUGUACGUGGGCGUUCACGUUCCCUUUGGAAGAGAAAACAAGCGGAGGCAUCGUCACCGAGGACACAGGCACCACAGAAAGAGAAGGGAUAAAGAUUCGGAUGACGGAAAGGAGGAUGACAGGGACUCGUCCCCCUACGACACUCCAUCCCAGCGGGUCCAAUUCAUUCUGGGCACAGAGGACGAUGACUUGGAGCAUGUUCCCCACGACCUCUUCACCGAGUUGGAUGAGCUCUCCUUCCGAGAUGGCAGAGCCACUGAAUGGAGGGAAACUGCCAGGUGGCUGAAGUUUGAAGAGGAUGUGGAAGAUGGCGGGGAAAGGUGGAGCAAGCCGUACGUGGCUACGUUGUCACUGCACAGUUUAUUUGAACUGCGGAGCUGCAUCCUCAAUGGCACUGUCAUGCUGGAUAUGAGGGCCAACAGUAUAGAGGAAAUUGCAGACAUGGUGAUCGACAGCAUGGUGGCGUCGGGCCAGCUCAAGGAGGACCUGCGGGCGAAGGUGCGUGAGGCCAUGCUGAAGAAGCACCACCAUCAGAACGAGCGAAAGCUCAGUAACCGCAUCCCUUUGGUGCGCUCCAUUGCUGACAUAGGCAAGAAACAUUCUGACCCUCUCUUGCUUGAAAGAAACGGAGAGGGCCUUUCCUCUUCACGUCUCUCCCUCCACAAGCCAGGAGCGGCCUCUUCUGCCUCCAACCUGCCGCCGAGACAAGAAUCCCGCGUUUCCAUCCUACUCAACCACCUCCUCCCAUCCUCUUCCUCCAACACGGGGCGCCCCCCAGGUCCUUCUCCCCUCGCCACCCCUCAGAGCACCCCCGCGUCCUUUCGGCGUGGCUCCCCGAGCCCCCCGCGCAACCACGGCGCCGGCUUUGGCCCUUAUAGCAUCCCAGAAGUGGUGGUGUCUCCGCCCAAGGAUGACGAGCCGCUUAAGUCGCCAGAGGACGACUCGGCCGUCCCCGAGUUCAGCCGGCAAUCCUCCUGUGCAUCCCAGGGAUCCGAGCAGCUGCCCUUAGAAGGACCACUCGUUCAUCUGAACUCCGUCCCGAAUUACCUGGACAGUGAAAAGGCAGUGGAGAGGCGGCCUUCCAAAGUAGGGGUCAGUAGAGAAAGCAGCAGUGUCGACUUCAGCAAGGUGGAUAUGAAUUUCAUGAAGAAGAUUCCCCCGGGCGCCGAAGCUUCCAAUGUGUUGGUGGGAGAAGUGGAUUUCUUGGAGAAACCCAUCAUCGCCUUUGUUCGACUCUCCCCUGCGGUUCUGAUCACUGGCCUCACUGAGGUUCCCGUUCCCACAAGGUUCCUGUUCCUGCUUUUGGGUCCUCACGGGAAGGGUCCUCAAUACCAUGAGAUUGGCAGAUCGAUGGCCACUCUGAUGACAGAUGAGAUUUUCCAUGACGUGGCAUACAAGGCCAAAGAUCGAACGGAUCUCCUAUCUGGGAUCGAUGAGUUCCUUGAUCAGGUGACGGUCCUCCCUCCUGGAGAGUGGGACCCCACGAUCCGGAUUGAGCCCCCUAAAAACGUCCCGUCCCAGCUAAAGAGGAAGAGGCCAUCGCAUCCAAAUGGCACGGCAUCCCCAGCGGGAGAACUGGAAAUGGGAGACGACCACCAAGUGGGACCAGAGCUGCAGAGGACCGGAAGGAUAUGCGGCGGUCUGAUCCUGGACAUCAAGCGGAAGGCCCCCUUUUACUGGAGCGACAUCAGAGACUCCUUUAGCUUGCAGUGUCUAGCCUCCAUUCUCUUCCUUUAUUGUGCCUGCAUGUCUCCCGUCAUUACGUUCGGAGGUCUGCUUGGGGAGGCCACCAAAGGCAACAUCAGUGCCAUAGAGUCUCUUUUUGGGGCGUCAUUGACUGGAGUUGCGUAUUCCCUCUUUGCCGGUCAACCUCUAACUAUCCUUGGCAGCACAGGACCUGUUUUAGUGUUUGAGAAGAUCCUCUUUAAGUUCUGCGCCGACUACGGACUGUCCUACCUGUCGUUGCGAACAAGCAUUGGUCUGUGGACUGCCUUCCUGUGUCUGGUCCUGGUUGCUACGGACGCGAGCUCCCUGGUCUGCUAUAUCACCCGAUUCACCGAGGAAGCUUUUGCCGCACUCAUCUGCAUCAUCUUUAUCUACGAGGCGCUUGAAAAGCUCUUCCACCUCGGAGAGCAUUACCCUGUCAACAGCCACAACGUCCUGGAUAACCUCACAUCAUAUUCGUGUCAGUGCUCUGAGCCAGCGAAUGCCUCCGCUCAGCUCCUGCUGAAAUGGAACCAGACGGGUUACAGUGCAGACUCCAUACCGUGGAGUAGCUUCAAUGUUUCGAUGUGUAAAAUGCUCAACGGGGAGUUUGUUGGCACAGCCUGCGGUAACCAUGGACCCUACAUCCCAGAUGUUCUCUUCUGGUCCAUCAUUCUCUUCUUCACCACCUUUUUCUUGUCCUCUUUCCUCAAGCAGUUCAAAACGGAGCGGUACUUCCCCACCAAGGUGCGAUCCACAAUCAGUGACUUUGCUGUCUUCAUAACUAUCAUGAUUAUGGUCUUGGUGGACUACUUAAUGGGGAUCCCUUCACCGAAACUAAACGUCCCUGAUCGGUUUGAGGUAGGCGGAUUUAUUAUUUUUUUGUAUGUAUAUAUCAUUGAUGCAAAUGAUCUUCUUCCGAGUAGAAGUUUACCACUUUUCCAGGCUGUCCAAACUAAAUCUGGCACACUUUUGCCAUCUUUCCCCGCACAGCCUACUUCAAAGAACAGAGGCUGGCUGAUGGACCCAUUAGGCGAAAACCCCUGGUGGACGCUGUUGGUGGCAGCGCUUCCUGCCCUGUUGUGCACAAUUCUCAUCUUUAUGGAUCAGCAGAUCACAGCUGUCAUCAUCAACCGCAAGGAGCACAAGCUCAAGAAAGGCUGUGGCUAUCACCUGGACUUGCUGGUGGUGUCAUUCAUGCUUGGCGUGUGCUCCAUAAUGGGCCUGCCCUGGUUCGUGGCGGCCACCGUCCUCUCCAUUUCGCACGUGAACAGCCUCAAGGUGGAAUCUGGUUGCUCCGCUCCCGGAGAGCAGCCCAAGUUCCUCGGCAUCCGGGAGCAGCGCGUCACCGGCUUCAUGAUCUUUGUCCUCAUGGGCUGUUCGGUUUUCAUGACAUCUGCGCUCAAGUUCAUUCCAAUGCCAGUGCUGUACGGAGUCUUCCUCUACAUGGGGGUCUCCUCUCUGAAAGGCAUCCAAUUCUUUGACAGAAUCAAGCUGUUUGGCAUGCCUGCCAAACAUCAGCCUGAUCUUAUUUACUUGCGCUACGUGCCGCUGUGGAAAGUCCAUAUCUUCACCCUGGUACAGCUCACCUGCCUGGUACUGCUCUGGGUCAUCAAGGCCUCUGCUGCAGCCGUGGUUUUCCCCAUGAUGGUUCUUGCACUGGUCUUUAUCCGGAAGCUUCUUGACUUCUUCUUCAGUAACAGAGAGCUGAGCUGGCUCGACGACUUGAUGCCAGAGAGCAAGAAGAAAAAAGAGGACGACAAAAAAAAGAAAGCGCGGGCAAAGCUGGAAGCAGAGUCUCGAUUGCAGGACGAAGAACUAGGACUGCCGGUCAGCUACGAGAGCUCCAACCUGCUCAACAUCCCAGAAAAGACCCUCUCAGGGAGUUCUGAGCUUGAUGCCAUGGUUGUAAAUACUGCUGAUGAAAUGGCCCAAAAUGCGGCGUGGAGAGCAGUGAACUUGAGCAGCGACUCGCAAAGCCAACAUAGUGGAAGCCGGGAGAAGGCGGCCUGCGUUAGAGUGGACAUAAGCCCGGAAACACCAGGAGAAAGUUCCAAUGCGGAGACCUUCUUGUGAUACACAACUCCUCCCACGCGACACAACAAAGCUGAGGGGGCACCGACAUAACUGUACGCGCAGCUUAGCCUGCUAAGCUAGCUUCAGCACAGCAGGUGAGCAUCACUCGGGCUGUGCGGGUGACCACUUUGCCAUGUCAAAGUGCUAUGAAUGCGGUGUAGACGACGGUAUUCUGCCCCAAUGUCCUGACUUAAUUUUUUAAAAAUCAUUUGCACCUCUGAUGCCAAAGGAAUGGGCAUCUUCGACUGAGUGUCAUUGUAUUAAUUUCGGUUUUAUUAUCAUCGCCAUUUUAGUCCGUCACCGUACUGCGUUUACCGGGGGGGUUCAAACUUUUUCAUUUGAGGGCCACGUACAGAAAAACGGAGGGAUGAAAGUGACCGCUUGAAAAUUGGACAUGUUGAAACUACUGCUGUCAAGAGAUUAAAUUGAGAUAAGUUAAUUAUGAUCUGUAAUUAAUUGAUCAAAUUAAUCUAAUCUAAAAAUUGCUGAGAAAACCCCUAUUUUCGUUUGAAAUUCAUUACAUUCUUGAGCAUUGAGGCAGAUCAAAAGAUUCACAUCACAAAAAAGUGGUACUACAAAGUAUGUUAUUGUUUUUAAACUGACUUGAACAGAUGCAGUCCUAGCCAUUUACUUUCUCCUGUAUUUGAGGCUGAUCCCAAAUCCUACCUGCAACGUUAGUUUCGACCACAAGGGGGAAUAUCACAGUUUUGUUUUUGUAAAUCUCCAAAUAAUUACAAAAUAAAAAUAAAAGAACACCAGGUCCAUAAAAAGUGCUUAGGUCAACCUAUCAAAAACGGUAAAAACACUUUUCUGAGCAAUACAAGUAGUGAACACGGAACUUGCUUCAGAUAAUAAACAAUCAAUAAAACAGACCCAUAAAGCACAGUGCUGUAAUUUAGCACUUCAGAAAUAACACGGUUCAUCAUUUGUUACACAUACAGCAUAUUUGACAGUAAAGUUGUAUCCAAUCCAAUGACAAAAUGAAGUGCUGAAAUAAACAUCAACCACUUGUAAUAAGCCACAGAGGAUACAGCAGAUAUGCUGACUUCAUGCCUCGUGUUCUCCUCGAGUUUUGUUGGCAAAGAGCUUUGCUCUGCCUCCCUCUAUUGCUAACGCUUUCGGAGCUAACGUUAACUGUGGAAUCUCGAGAGUAGUUAUGCCGCAAAUGACCCUUGGGCCGUCGUUUGAACACCCCUGCCGUAUACAGUAUGUACCGCUCACAAGUACUGAGCAGCGAAGUGCAGUACCUUCAGUACAGUGAAGUUCAUGUUCAAGACGACACCAGCGCCAUUCAAUGAAGGCCAUUCAGGAAAAAUCUAUGCCAGUGGUUAAUGUCUCAUAACUGAUGUGACAAAAACCAUAACGGAGGAAAGAAGUACAUAGAACUCAACACAUACUGUUACAUCAUCGCUGGUCAAACAAUCACCUUGUAGGGAUUUUCUCUUGUAAGAGAACAGUGCUGCUUAAAUUUCAUUCAUUGUUAUCAUCAGAAACAUAUUAUAUAUAUUAUUAUAUUUUAUAUAUAUAUAUGUAUGCGUGUAUAUAUAUCCACAAAUAUGUGUGUGUGUGUGUGUAUAUGUUGAAUAUGAACGCGGUUAUAUCUACUGCAAUGUUAUGUAAAAAUAAUACUUCAGAGGCCAUAUGAAGUCUGUACUGUACAAUAAGCACUUUGCUAGCGUACUUUCUUACCCACACUGAAUUCAAAUGUCAGAUCAUUAUUAUUGUUACUAUGAGCAUUGUUUUUCUUAUUUUUAUUCUUAUUUUUAAUUAUUAAAUGUUGCUUCUUCUUGCAAUUUGUUUUUAGAAUUUUCAGUUACAUUUCUCCAGAAUUUCUGACUAUGGUCACAGAACCCUCUCUCGCUCUCACCUUCUCUCUCUCUCUCUCUCUCUCUCGCUCUCCCAACGACAUUUUUAAGUGGUGAUUUUAUUUAUGAAUGUUGACUCAAACUGAGAGCACCAGAGCUCUGCAGUCAUUGACAUCCCAUGCCCCUACCCGAUUCUCAUGUUUUUACUUAACUGUGCUGCUAUCAUGGUAGAAAUGAUGACGAUAAUAAUAAUAAUAAAGGAUUUCCCCAAGUACAGUGGAACCUUAAAAGAAGUGUAUUAUCGAAAAAAUUAUUUUGGUUUUCUUGUCAUGGCCAGGGAGCCCCCAUGCAAUCUGUAAAAAUGUGCAAUCAGUAGACCGUGAUUGUAAUUAUUAUUUAAGGGGGGGCGGGAUAGUUUUACCCCCACACUCUUUUUAACACAGUUAUUAAAAUAUUUCACAGUGCCUGUUCUCACUCUCGCUGUCAACAAAUGGGAGACCGUCGUCGGAACAUCACUUUGGGGUCAUGAAAAAAAUUGUCUUUCUAAACCAUGAACAGACAUUCUUAGCACAUGUGCCAGUCGCUUCCACUGACACCGUCACAGAACACCAGACUGGUGAAUGCAGUAGACAGGAAAUAUCCGGCCAAUAAUCCCUUAUGUUUAUUGCCACCUCACUCAACAAACCAGUCCCUGCUACUUUAAGCUUGACAAGAAAAGGGCAGCGUGAGGUAUGCUGUAAAUCUUAAUCCUUCUCACACAAGCAUUAAAAUAAUUUAACCUCACUUGUGGUGUAACCCAAUACAAUGCGAGGGGUUAUGAAUGUGUAUGGCAGCCAGCCAAUGUGUGGGUUAGAUUAACAUCCUGCAUAUUUUCUUUGGGCAUUCUUUCUCGUCACUGGCAUUGUUGAAUCUGGUACUUCUUUUUCGAGGUCCCCACUCACCUCUAAAAAAAGGUUUAAUUGCUUGUAGAUACCACAACAUGAUGGCAUAACAACGAAUGAACGAACGAACGACUUGAUCAUUGUUCCUUGGCACCAAAAAACGCCACAAGGUGGCAGCAAAGCACAACUUUUAUAUUGGACAGGACUUUUUUUCCGCUAGAAAAUAACAGUACCGCCCCCCCCCCCAAAAAACAAGCAAACAAAAAAAACAGCGAUUUGCGAAAAUAUGAUUGUAUUUGCUAUUUUGUACAACUUGGUUGUUCCACUGUACUUUGUGGCAUGUCCCGCUUUUUUUCACGAUGCUGACAACAUACAUAAAACACCACCAGCCAAAUGUUUGUAGUGGGUAAAAAGAAACUAGGUAACCCCCCGCCCCCCCAAGUUAGUUGCACCUAUUUUUAUACUGUCUGUAUUACUUUAUCGUGUGCGUAUGUGUGGUGGACAAAAAAAGUAUUUUAGUGACAUUUUAUGCAAAGCAAAUAUUUGUACUGUAAAUGUGACAUUUAUACUGUUCUACAAAGCCGUUCUAAUUUUCGCUAUGCGCAGUCUCGUUUUUAGCAAUAAAUGUCCCAUGUCUAUUGGAUUCAUGACACUAGCUAAUAAUCCAGGUAAGGAAUACAGUAAUUGUCGCUCUCUUUGUUGUGUAGCUGUGGUGACGAUGUGCCUUGUCAGAUCUCUUUUAUGUGCGAGUGUGGUACUUGGAAAUUCUAAUUUAAGUGUUUCGAUACAUGUACACGUAUCCACGCGGUGGCAUACAGUAAAUAAAUGCCAAAGACGAAGCGGAAUCAGUUUCGAGUGGACCAGUGCGCUAUUUAUUAACUGGGGUGCCCUUCGGCCGUGUCUGUAUUUAAAUUGGAGCCACGAGUCACAGACGGCAGUUUGACGAAUCGAAUACACGUUUACGCGUGCGCUCUAUUGUCAUAUCUUGACUGUUUGCUCGCAACAUGGAUGGCUAACUUCAUUCGGUUGGAUCUUGACAUACGAAUCGGGUUUCAAACUGGAAGCGAAUGCUGACCAAUCGAGUUGUUUGAUACAAAAACAUGUUGAAUCUAAAAGCGUUCAGAAAGAAAGUCGAGAUGUGUUCAAGUGAAGCAAACUGUCUAGUUAGCAAGAAGGAAUGACUGACUGUAUGUCAAGGUGAAAAGCAAUAAAUAUAAUAUAAACUG